CGCCGGCCGCUCGCCCGGGUCCGGCGCAGCAUGGGGCCGCGCGGCUGGCGGAGGCGCGCGCUGGCCGCCGCGUGCCUGGGCUGCGCGCUGCUCCUGCUCCUGGCCGCCGCGCCCCGCGCCCUGCGCUCGGCCGCGGAAAGCAGGGCUCUGGGCUGGCUGAGUGGGAGAAGGAAGAGCGCCCUGCAGAGGCUCUACGAGCUGGACCAGGGCCCGCGCUCCGCCCUGGCCGAGGUGCACCGGCAGCGGCGCGACCUGCUGCGCGGGGCCUGCAGCCGCCACACGCGGCGCCAGCGCCUGCUGCAGCCGUCGGACCUGCGCCACGUGCUGGUGGACGACGCGCACGGCCUGCUCUACUGCUACGUGCCCAAGGUGGCCUGCACCAACUGGAAGCGCGUGCUGCUGGCGCUGCGCGGCGGCGCCCCGGGCCGCGACCCGCGCGCCAUCCCCGCGCACGAGGCGCACGCGCCGGGCCGCCUGCCCUCGCUGGCCGACUUCGGGCCGGCCGAGAUCAACCGGCGCCUGCGGACCUACCUGGCCUUCCUGUUCGUGCGCGAGCCCUUCGAGCGCCUGGCGUCGGCCUACCGCAACAAGCUGGCGCGGCCCUACAGCGCGGCCUUCCAGCGGCGCUACGGCACGCGCAUCGUGCAGCGCCUGCGGCCGCGCGCGCACCCCGACGCCCGGGCCCGCGGCCACGACGUGCGCUUCGCCGAGUUCCUGGCCUACCUGCUGGACCCGCGCACGCGCCGCGACGAGCCCUUCAACGAGCACUGGGAGCGCGCGCACGCGCUCUGCCACCCGUGCCGCCUGCGCUACGACGUGGUGGGCAAGUUCGAGACGCUGGCCGAGGACGCCGCCUUCGUGCUGGGCCUGGCCGGCGCGCCCGCGCUGCGCUUCCCCGGCCCGCCGCGCCCCAAGGCGGCCGCCGCGGCGCGCGAGCUGGCCGCGCGCCUCUUCCAGGACAUCAGCCCCUUCUACCAGCGGCGCCUCUUCGACCUCUACCGGAUGGACUUCGUGCUCUUCAACUACUCGGCGCCCUCCUACCUGCGGCUGCACUAGCGCCGGCGGGGGCCGAUUGCGUCCACUUACUGGUCCACACGGCCCUGGAGCCUGCUGAUGCCGCAGACCGGGAGCAGUGGCCUGUGGUCCUCAGCAGUGCCCGCGCCAGCGCGCCAGCCCCAGCUGCUCCCUCCGGCCCCUUCCUGGCUGCCCUGUCCCCACUCCAUCCUGGUCUGUCUGGCCAGAAGCCCUGUGUGUGCACCCAUGGGGCCCAGGGUACUCCCCGGGGCGGGUUCUCUCUCUCUCCCUCUCUCUCCCCCUCUCUCUCUCCUCUCUCUCUCCCUCUCUCCCCCUCCCUCUCUCUCUUCUCUCUCUCCCCCUCCCUCUCUCUCUCCCUCUCUCUCUCUCCUCUCUCUCCCUCUCUCUCUCUCCUCUCUCUCCCUCUCUCU